AUGUUCAAGUCAGCUUUCAAAAUGGCUAAUCAGCCUCUUGUGCAAAAGUUCAUUGCAGGUGGUGUAGGUGUCACUGGAUUAACCGCAUCUUAUUUAUUAUACCAAGACUCCAUGACUGCCAACGCAAUGACUGCAGCUGAGCACGGUUUACACCCUCCAUCAUACAAUUGGUCACACAAUGGUAUGUUUGAGACAUUUGACCACGCCUCAAUUAGAAGAGGAUGGCAAGUUUACAAAGAAGUUUGUGCUGCAUGCCAUUCAUUGGAGAGAAUUGCUUGGAGAAACUUGGUUGGUUCUUCACACACUACUUCUGAAGCUAAGGCUAUGGCCGAGGAACUUGAAUACGAUGAUGAGCCAGAUGAUGAAGGUAAACCAAGAAAGAGACCAGGUAAAUUGUCAGAUUACGUUCCUAGUCCAUACGAGAAUGAGCAAGCUGCAAGAGCUGCUAACCAAGGUGCAUUGCCACCAGACUUGUCAUUGAUUGUCAAGGCAAGACAUGGUGGUUGUGAUUACAUCUUCUCCUUGUUGACCGGUUACCCAGAAGAGCCACCAGCAGGUGUCGUAUUGCCAGAGGGUUCAAACUAUAACCCAUACUUUCCAGGUGGAGCUAUUGCUAUGGGUAGAGUCUUGUUUGAUGAGUUGGUUGAGUACGAGGAUGGAACUCCUGCCACCACAUCACAAAUGGCCAAGGAUGUUACUACAUUCUUGAACUGGGCAGCUGAGCCAGAACACGAUGAAAGAAAGAAGUGGGGUUUGAAAGCCAUCAUUGUUAUCUCUUCAUUGUACUUGCUUUCUAUCUGGGUGAAGAGAUUCAAAUGGACUCCUAUCAAGAAUAGAAAAUUCAGAUUCGACCCACCAAAGAAGCAAUAA